UUGAUGUGAACAGGCAGGUCGCUGAUGGAUUAAACCAGUCUCAGAGCAUCAUGUGUGAUUAUCAGGCGCCUUCAGGAAUAAAAAGUGAGCUGGCUUUUCUGGCUGAGCGUCAGCGAAUGACACAGAGGAGGAGGAAGAGGAGGAGGAGGAGGAGGAGGAGGAGGGCGUGUCUCUCCUCUCCCCCUCCCUCCCUCCUUCACUGCUGCCCGCUGCAGAUCGAUGUGACGGCGUCUGUACCUGAGGACUGAACCCUACCUGUGGAUCCUCUUCCGGCGGCAGCACCAUGGGGAUCUCCGCGUCCAGUCUGCUGGAUGAAAACAAAUCCAACUACAUCAAAGGUCAGGUCGAGGCCGAGCUGAAGGAGUUCAGUCCGUACUACAGGAAGCAGUUCUCCGUGGCUCGGUUCUCUCAGGUGGAGGAUGACCUGGAGCAGAACAAAGAGAAGAUCACACAGCUGCUCAAACAGAGGGAGGCUCCUCAGGAGGGCAAGGUCCUGUACGAGGAGGCCGUCCUUUACUUUGACGACACCAGGAAGUGGAGGGAGAGGUACGUGGUGGUGAGAGCCAACUACUGCCUGGAGUGUCACGAGAGCCUAGAGACCUUUCUUAAAGGAGUUCCUCCACGCCACAAGCUGCUGCCUACAGGGGGCACUGUUCUGACCACAGAGGAGAAGUACAUGGCCAUGGUGGACCGGUGUUUUCCUGAUGAUACCAAUGUGAAGGAGGACUUUGCCCCCCCUCUGUCGGGGAUGCCGGGUCAGUUCCCGGUCUACCUGCGUCUGCCCUACAGGAGAGACUCGUACUUCUGCUUCAGGCAGCAGGUCAAACAGGCCGCCUUCCUCUCCAUCCUGACCGACUGCAUCAGGCACCAGAACCAAGACUUCCUGAAGAAGAAGACGUGCGAGGUUCAGGCCUUCCUCAAAGCCAUCCAGCUCUACCGACAGGACAAAGGCAAAUACGAGGCCUGGGACAUGCUGAUAGGAAGUGAUGUCAGGGUGAUGGCCAACGUGGUGAUGGAGCAGCUGCUUCCAUCUCUGGAGAAAGACAUGCUGCCUCGUCUCAAAGCCAAGAAGACGGAGAAGAAGAGAGUUUGGUUUGCCACGGUGGAGGCGGCGUACAUCCUGGUCCAGGAGCACCUGUUGGAGGGACUGUCGGCGCUGAAGGAGGAAUGUCGGACGUCGGUGCGGCAGCAGGAGGUGCUGAUCCACUCUGACAUGGACCAGAUCCUCAGCUCCAGGCGGCAGCUGGAGGAAAACAUCAGAGCCAAAGUGUCAGAGCCAGCGGAGAAGCUGUGCUCAGAGUCCGUCCAGCCCUACCUGGGCUCAGUCCUGGAGGAGCUGAUGGAGCCAAUCAGCUCUGGUUUCCAGGAGGGACGUCAGCUGAGUGAGAGCAUGAUGGACCAGGUGUGUCAGGACUACAUGGCAGGAGGAGACAGCGAGCAACUGGAAAAGGCUCUUGCUAACAUGGCGAGACCGAACCUGCUGAGCUGCUACCAGAAGAUCAGCUCCCUGCAGGAGAAACUGCAGCACCUGCAGGAGAGGUUCGGUUUCUCAAAUAUCACAGGAGUGAUCCACAGCGCCCAGAUCGACCUGCAGCAGCUGAUGGAGAACGCAGGUUACACGUUUGAGCAGCUGCUGUCCAAAGCCGUCCAGGACAACCCAGACAACGCCGGCUCUGCGAUCGAAAAGGCCAAACACAGAGUGCUCAAGCAAUAUGACUAUGACAGCAGCACAGUGAGGAAGAGGAUCUUCCAGGAGGCUCUCGUUUCCAUCACACUGCCCUUCAUCAAGAAGAACCUGGCCCCCACCUGCAAAGCUGAUCUUCAGGGUCUUGAACAGUUCAUCUAUGCUGACCACACCAACUUCAUCCAUGUUGAGAAUGUUUAUGAAGGCAUCCUCCUGCAAACUCUGGACAAGGAGGUCACCAAAGUGGUGAAGGAAGCAGCGAGCCGGAAGAAAUACAACCUGUUCACAGACAGCAAAGACCUGGUCAGCCAGUCCAGCCGCUCCAGCCUCUCCUCCCCGUCCGUCUCCACUCCAGGCAGCCCCGCCAUGGCGCUCGCCUCCCCGUCUAAAACCUCCUCUGAGCCCCAGCCCCCCUCUCCUCUUGUGGCCAACGGUCUGUCGUCCAGUCCUCAGAAGGAGGAGCAGCAGAGGAAAGAGAACGACGUGGUGCAGAGCGAAGCCUCAGCGGCUGUGACAGUGAUUGAGACGCCUCUGGGGAAAGUGGAACAAAAAGAGAUCGUUCAGAGUGUCGCGGUCAGUGAGGAGAAGGAGAUCCCUGCACCUAAAGCAGAGGAGGUCAUCCAGACUGUGAAGGCUGAAGAAGACGCCCCUGUCGCAGUUGAGACAGCAGCAUUAGCGGACACAACCGCUCGGAAAGAGACACAAGAAGUCAACGUAGCAGCAGCCCCGGAGACUGUGAUCCAAGAGGAAGUGAUUUCUGUUCAGACAGAAAAAGUCGAGACAGCUGCUGAGCUGGAGACGCAGAGCACAGACGCUCCAAAAGAAGCAGAAGUAACUUUAGCAGAAAUUCCUGUGGUUGUAGAAAGUUUAAAGACAGAUGCAGAAGAAGCAUCAGCACAAGCAGAAGCUCCUGUACCAAGUCCUGAUCCUGUAACUGAAACAGUGCCCACCUCAGCAGCCACACAGCCAGCAGACAGCAGUGAAGGAGACGAACAGAGCGGGAGCUCAGCACCCUCUAGUGGUGAAGCACCUGUACUCACACCUGAAGAUGUGAAGGGGAACGAAGCAGAGCCAGCAACAGUCUCAGAUCCUAACUCUCUGGAUGUGUCAGUAGGAAGUGAAUCACCCCCCUCAGAUCUGGAGUCCACAGAGGAAGCCAAAGCCACUCAGAGCAGCGAGGACGAAGUCUCGACAACCUCUGACGUGUUGGAGGAUGAAGCGAACGUUAGUAAAUCACCUGUGAGCUCAGACGACGCACCUGAGGACAAAAGCACGAGCGCCGAGCGGUCUCCUCAGACCCAGACGGAGGCCGCGAGCCCUGAUGUCGGCGUGAGCGGGGACAUCGAAGCGGGAGCGAGCGUAAAUGUGGAGGCAACAGGUGCUACAGCCAAAGACGAAACCUCACCCAGCCCUGAAGCCCCGCCGCUGGACUGCAUCAAGGGGAUCCGCGACCUGGUGGUGGAGGUGAUUGAGGUGGAGGAGCUGGUGCAGCGUUACCCCAGCGGAGUCCCUACAGAUGAAUAAAGCGCCACAGCUGCAUUAGAGGACACGUGGGCCAAGUAUUCGCUCAGCAGGACGAGGGACUAAACAUAACGGUAGCUUCCAUCUGAGAAAACUGCCCAUCUGCUUUAAAUCGUCCUCGUCUUAGAACAAGGGCACUGAAACAGGAAGAGACUCCUGAGAAACAAUCACUAAAGCUUCCAUGAACUGUAACACAUAUGCAUGAAAUUACAUUAAAUUAUUUAUAUAAAUCAAUAUCAUUUACACAAAUCAUUACAUCAGCUGUGUCAGGUGUAUAAAACAGCAGAUCUGUUUUUUUUAGUGAUGGACUUUAAACUCCAAUUACUUUAGCACCAAAUUGUUUUAGAAAACUAUUUUAAGACAGAAGAUUGUGAAUAAAUUUGUAGAAAAUUCAUUUUAUCUGUGGUAGAUUAUUAAUCUGUGGUAAAGGAAUAGUUAGACAUUGUGGAGACACAUUCUUCCUGAGGGAUGUGAUGUUGGAGAUCAAUCUCACGCCUGUAUGUGAGCAUAGCUUAGCAUAAAGACUGGAUGCAGGGGGAAACAGCUAGCCUAGCUCUGUCAACGCCUCUAAAGCUAAUUAACAUGUUACAGUUGGUUGAAUUCAUACACAGACAUGUAAAAAUGAAAAUUCAUGGCUGCAGAGGGAGGUACAUGUUGGAACUAUUUCUUGCUGAACAACAAGUGAGGUGCAGCGCUGUUACCAGUGGUAGAAGAACAUCAUAUUUUAUAAACUGAUCAUGUUUUAAAAUCCAAAUCUGAAAAGUAGAAAUACAAGAACCUCAAAAUUAGUGAGUUAGGUUUAUUAAAACAGAACCAGGCUAGCUGUUUCCCCUGCCUCACAGUGUUUAUGCUAAGCUAAGCUAACCAUGUCCUGAACACACAGAUGUUAGAUUGCUCCAUCUGAACGUGUCACUCUCAGAAACAAAUGUAAAACUCCUGUUUCAGACAGACUACACAUCAGUGGAUCCACAGCAGCUUUUAGAAAUCAUCAGUGAGUUUAAAAAUCACCACAGAUAUUUUAAUAUAUAGCACCACAUGAUCUAGAUCAGCUCCACUGCCAAAUUCACACUACAGCUUUAGGCACACUAUUUUCUCCUUACUGUGAUUUUUGUUUUUGACCUACUGAAGGAUUGUUUAACUACAAAAAGCUUAGAAAAGUGCCUCUCCAGUACCUCCAUGUCGUCCUCGCGUGCCUUAGAUCUGAUGAAGAAGGAAACCCGCCUCUGCCACGUAGGCGUGGUCGUCAGAGAGACUGGUCCGAGUCUGAACGCCUCCGCUCGAGCUCUCCACCAAGUGCCUUUUACCUGUACAGAGCAUCUCACACAGACAGGGGUUAGUAGAUCACAGUUUGGGUACAGGGAGGAACAUGUGACCAUAAACUGUCCACCAGGUGAAUGUUGCUUAAUGGAAACAAUGUGGAAAUAUAAUGAAUAAAAUAAAAGUCUGUAAACAAA